AAGGAAACUGUCCAUUCGACGUUCAGUUCAACAAGCGUUAUUCCAAAAUUAGAAGAUGCUGAGUACGCGGGUACUAACAGUUCUUCGUCGUGUACUUUGAUAAUUACUGAAGGAGAUUCUGCGAAGGCUUUAGCAAUUGCUGGGAUUUCAGUAUUAGGAAGAUCUUAUUACGGAGUAUUUCCUAUUCGGGGUAAAUUGGUGAAUGUGCGAGGUCUUACGCCACAAGCAAUGGAAAACGCAGAAAUAUCUGCUAUUGUUAAUAUUCUUGGUUUGAAAUUUGGCGAAAGUUACAAUUCAGAAGAAUCAAGAAAAAAGCUGCGUUAUGGCAGUGUAAUGAUAAUGACCGAUCAGGAUCCAGAUGGUUCUCACAUCAGAGGAUUGCUGAUAAAUUUCUUACAUUUUUUUUGGCCGUCGCUGUUAGAAGCUAAUUUUAUUAAAUGUUUUGUGACGCCUCUUCUAAAGGCUAGGCGUGGCUCUAAAGUGCUAUCAUUUUAUAGCACGGAAGAGUUUAGAAAAUGGAAAGAAGAUUCUCCUCAUGCCGGCGAGUAUGCCGUAAAAUAUUAUAAAGGUCUGGGGACAUCAACUGCAAAGGAGGCUCGCGAAUAUUUUUCGCACCUUGAGCAACACGAACUGCAAGUUGUUUACAAAGGUCUCGAAGAUGAUGAGAGCGUAGAUUUGUUUUUCAACAGAGCAAGAGCUGAUGAUCGCAAGAAAUGGAUCAGUGAAAGCUUCACUCGUUCUAUACCAAAUGCAAUAGAUGGUUUGAAACCGAGUCAGCGAAAAGUUUUGUAUACUAUGUUCAAAUGUUACAACCGCGGCGAAGUCAGAGUUAGUCAGCUGGCUGGCGCUGUUGCCCAGUAUUGUUGUUAUCAUCAUGGUGAGGUAUGGGACAUGAGAGUAGCUGCUUUAUUUUUCAAAGGUUUUAAGUCACUCGUGGAAACUAUUGUGAGGUUAGGUCAAAAUUUUGUUGGAGCAAAUAACAUCAAUCUGUUGGAACCAAUAGGACAGUUUGGUACGAGAAUGCUUGGUGGUGCAGAUGCUGCCAGUGCAAGAUAUAUAUAUACAGCUUUGAGCCCUAUUGCUAGAGCUAUUUUUCCAGAAGCGGACGACAAGAUUUUGAUUUACCGUGAAGAAGAGAAUUCAACUGUGGAACCUGUAUGGUAUGUUCCGAAUUUCAAGUUCUGUCCCGUGAUACCUUUAAUUCUUGUAAAUGGAGCUGAGGGUAUUGGCACAGGUUGGGCAACAAAAAUCCUUCCUCGAUCUCCUUUAGAUGUAAUCGACAAUGUACGUAGAGCGAUCACUGGACUACCGCUGAAAAAAAUGUCGCCAUAUUUUCGCAACUUUACUGGAAAGGUGGCAGAGGUUGGCAAAAAUCGGUUUGAAGUUUCUGGUUCUGCUUCAGUUUUACCAUUGUCAAGAAAAAAUUCCUCUACAGUUGAGGUAAGAAAUGUAACGUUAAUGCUAGCAGGUGGCUUAACUGUAGGAUUUAUGCAGGUAAAAAUUGGUGAACUUCCAAUCUGGGUUUGGACGCAGAAGUAUAAGGAGCGAGUCUUGAAGCCUUUAACGAAAUCUGGUUCACUGUUAAGUUUUACUGAGAGGCAUACGGAGGAUACAGUUUCCUUUAUCCUAAAAUUUGGUCGAAAAGAUAUUUCGCAGUAUGUGCAGGAAAGCUUCCUACUGAACAAAUUAAAACUUGUUGAGAGCAUUUCUUGCGGUUCCAUGGUUGCAUUUGACGCAGAAAAUGUUUUACGUUCUUUUGCUCAUGUUGAAGAAAUCUUUGAAGUCUUUUUUCAAGCUAGGAAGCACAUAUAUGAAAGAAGGAGAGAAAGUCAGAUAGGAUACAUGCAGCGUAAAAAUGAAUAUAUUCAGAAUCAGUUGAAUUUUGUCGAAAGCAUCGUUAAAGGUGCUUUAAAACUUGAGCGUAAGUCCAAAUGCGAUAUCAUUGAAGAACUGGUGUCUCGCGGCUUCAAGUCUAACCCACUGCGUGAGAAAUCCAGUAAAAACAAUGAGCCAGCAGACUUUGAUUUUAAUUAUUUAUUGGGAAUACCACUUAUAAAAUUAUCAAGUGAAGAAAUCAUUAACUUAGUCGAAGCGGCUGCCACUGCGAAAAAGCAGCUUCAAGGAAUAUUAGAGUUGGACUGGAAGAAGUUGUGGCUUGAAGAUCUUGACACGCUAGAACGGACACUUUAUACUAGUUGGAAUGAUGAAGCGGAAAGGAAGGAACUUGAGGGAGAAUUAGUUUUGGGUACUGAGUUCUGUUCAAGCACAGGAAAGCUCUUCAUUACAUGUGUAAAAUUCAAUGUUGUAAAAUUCUGA